AUGCAGUACACACUCGCUUUCGUUGCGGCCCUUGCCGGUGUCGUCACUGCCCAGCAGAUUGACAUUGCCGCUAUCAACGCUGCACCUGCUCCCGCCGUCACCGCCGCUCCCGUCGGUGUAGCUGGACAAGGCCAGUUGGCGUACAAUUCCGAUGCUGCCGCCGCUGCCGCUGCAUCUGACGCUCAGCCCGCCAAGGCCGCAAAGGUCAAGCGUGGUGAUUGUGCGGUCCAGCCAGACGGUACUGGUCCUGCCGUCCGCAACCCCGACACCGCCGAGGCCUUUCAAAAAUCGCCCUACUUUGCUUUCCAGGCCAACGCCCAGCCAUUCCCAUAUAACCCUUUCCCCUACGUUGAGAAGUUCAGAAACCUGAACGGCUCGACCCAGCAGAACUCGUAUCUCACGUACUACGUUCUUGACUCUUACAACCCUCGCACAUGUGCCGCCUACUGCGACAAGGUCGAUCUUUGCACCGCCUUCAACAUCUACUUUGAGCGUGAUCCCAGUGUAGACCCAGGCACUGCUUGCCCAAACCCACCAUCCAUCACAAACAUCAAGUGUACUCUGUGGGGAUCAUCCAUCUCAAGAGAGACUGCCACUAACACCGGCCAAUACCGCGAGCAGUUCCACGUCGUCGUUGCCGGCUCCAACGGCUACGACAAGACCCCAUCAUUUAGUCCAGCAAUCUCUGUCCCACAAUUCGACAGGACCGCCAAUAUCAGCGGCUCCACCAUCUCCGUCUCCCCUCAAAAGGGUGUCUACUUCACCGCGGAUUUCUUCUCUGGACCAUUCGACCCAUCGGUUUGUGGUGUCUACGCCCAGGCUCAAACCAAGGCCAACCGUGACGCCGCCAUUGCACGGGGCCUGAGCUCUUACCAGCCAUGUAAUUUCUUCGGAGCUUACACUCCUUACAAGAACAAGUACGCCCAAGGAACGAUGUGCGCUCUGUACACCACCCCUAUCGACGCUUCGAACGCCAAGAAGGCUGCUAUUAACAGCGGCAAUGACUUCUUCGAUGUCGGCGCUAGUUGGACUUACACUUUGACCAAGCAGGACAGUGGAAAGCUUUAG